ACGGUAGCAUGCCGCAACACAACAGGUGUGGUCAAUCCUGAGAUUCCACGUCCCACGAUGUGGAAUAUGGAAGCUCCAUCGAUAUCUUUAGGCCUUUCUCGAGAGGCCUCUGCACUGGCAUCGGACAUCAUGACCUGAACAGGAGUGCUUUGUAUGUGAAGCUUUUGUGAUUUGUUCGAUUGAUAUUCUGGAUGAGAAGGCUCCUUUGCACUUUCAUCCGCAAACAGCUUCCACCACAAGCUAGACGAAGCAUCCACUGCAUGCUCUGUGUUUGUGGAUGGUGUUGCCCUUGUUGUGUGUUUCGAUAGUAGAGCUGUGAACGGAAGCCUGAUUUGCUUCGCUUGGAGGACGUUUCGCAGCCAUAGAAUUGUGUUUCCAGAACAAGUCGAUCAUCAUCCCUUGACUGUUUCCUGUGGUAGGUUGCAAGUAUUCCAAUAGUUAUCAUUGACCAUGCCAACCGAGAAGAAGAUUGGAGGGUAUUCCGAGGGCCAUCUCCUCAAGACGGCCAAGGAAGCAGUGGCAAAAAAGACGAACGGCUCGAUCAUUUUGGAUCCCGAGGCAGAGGACCGAAUACCCAAGUUUGACGAGAAGGAACUCUUGCUUGGCCGAGUACUGGGCCGUGGUGGAUUCUGCGUGGUCAACGAAAUCACGAAAAUCAAGCUCUCCGAUGCCAACGACAACUCCACCAACAAUGGUAACAGCCACCACAAACUGGACGAUGAACAUCACAUUUACAAUGUUGUCCAAGAUCGCAAAUUCAUGUCUACCCAUUGCAUUCGUUCCGGAAAGGACUAUCGAUAUGCUUUGAAAAUACUCCAGGAUUCCUCGCGCAAGGAUCCACAAACAUUCAUUAGUGGCGUCGUCGAUUUGGCCAUUGAAGCACGCUUUCUGUCCGUUGUGCGACAUCCCAAUAUCAUCAAAAUGAGAGGCAUGGCGCUCAUGGAAGAUCCAUUUGCCAAUGCACGCUUCUUUGUCAUUCUCGAUCGACUCUACGACACACUCACGGUCCGAGUCCAAAAGUGGAAAAAGAAUCAAGUCAAGGGAAUUCGAAAAAUGUUUGAUCGCAAAGGAAAGAGAGCAUUGGCCUUUUGGGUCGAACGAAUGACCGUUGCCUAUGAUUUGGCAUGUGCACUCAAGUACAUGCAUGAGUUACGGAUUAUAUAUAGAGAUGUCAAGCCUGACAAUAUUGGAUUUGAUGUUCGUGGAGAUGUCAAGAUCUUUGAUCUCGGACUUGCCAAAGAGUUGGAUUGCGCCAAAGACAACGGCGACGGAACGUAUCAACUCACGGGUGAUACUGGAAGUCCCAGAUAUAUGGCUCCUGAAGUCGCCAUGGAGAAACCGUACAAUGAAAGAGCCGACUGUUAUUCCUUUGCGAUUCUAAUGUGGCAAAUUUUGCAAAUGGAAACGCCCUUUGAGAACUACACAGUGUCCAUGUUUAACAAAAAGGUGGUUGCGGGUGGUGCCCGUCCGAAAUGCGACGACAAGUGGCCCAAGAUUGUCAACGGCAUGAUGAUUCGUGGUUGGGGUCCUUUGGCACAACGACCUUCGAUGGGUGAGAUUGCCGAGUGUUUGCGAGAUGAAAUCAAUCGCGUGUCGGAUACCGAAGUCAAUGAGAUUUUGGAUUUGUCCAGGAAGAGUGAAAUGUCGAUGCACAAGCAAAAGUAUGCUGCGUGAUAUGUAUGCAAUCCCAUUCAAUCCACACCACAGUAUUAUUGUCAUCUCAAUGUUUCUGAGUGUAGAACUGUGCAGAGUGUAAAAAGUAACAUGAAGUGGCACAAGAAAAACUGGAGCUGCCAACCAUUUCACAUCACACCCUCUCGAUCAAGAGUACUUGGACUAGCUAGCUAGCUAUUAGUGGAACCUUCACUUCUUUCUACAGUAUUGAUUUAUCUUGU